UCAUGAACCGGCCGUGUUUAGCUUAUAGCUAAAGUGACUUAGCGACACAAUUUGGAGAACAAAUAUACAGUUUGACGUGUUCCAUAUCGGUAGAACUCACUGGAGUGAUUAGUGUGCCAGAACUAACACUUCAACUUGAUUCAAAGGAGCUACGUUAGCGCUAACGACUCCGAACGAGUGAAAACUUCCAACAAAGGUGCCGGGGACAGCUAGCUUACGUAACAACCUAACAGAGUGUUAAUUGUGGACAUUCCUGCCGUCCUUUCGGUUUGUGGAACCCAAUCUCCACAGCCGGGCCGAAGUGGCUUUAAUGUUGGAUAAAAAAGAGAUGGAAUCACUCGUCUUUUGGCCUGCUGGUGUCCUCAUGCUUCUGUGGAGACCCAGCGAUGGACCAACAAGGACCCUGAGGCUCAAGUGUGCGUCUAUUCCUAACCGGUCUGCAGCUUCCUGAAGGCCUUCAAGUGUCGCUGAGAGGGCUGCUAGAGGUCGUGCGCUCAUGGCUCUGCAGGAGCUUGGCGUCAGCCUGACCAUGAUAGGCGUGGCGGGCACCAUCUUGAUCUGCGCCCUGCCCAUGUGGAAGGUGACGGCCUUCAUCGGCACACGCCUGGUGGUCAUGCAGGUGUUCUGGGAGGGUCUGUGGAUGACGUGUGUCAGCGAGUACACGGGUCAGAUGCAGUGCAAGCUCUACGACGCCCUCCUGGAUCUGUCGCCCGAACUGCAGGCGGCGCGCGGCCUCGUCUGCAUCAGCCUGGUGCUGGGAUGUCUCGCCUUCCUCGUCUUCCUGCUGGGGGCCCGCUGCACCAAGUGCCUGAGCCACCCCGGCGUCAAGACCCGGGUGGUGCUGGGGUCAGGGGUCGUCUUCUGCUUGGCGGCCCUCGCCUCGCUGGUGGCGGUGUCCUGGACUGCCAACAACGUUAUCCGAGACUUCCACAACCCUCGCGUCCCUGAGGUGCUCAAAAGGGAGCUUGGGGCGGCCAUCUAUAUUGGCUUCGUCACAUCUGGCCUGAUGGUGUGUGGGGGGGUCAUUCUGUGUGCAAGCAGGCCGUCGCCGAGGACCACCUUCCAUUCCAGUGUGUACACGCCAGCCAGGACAUCCACACACAGCGGCUACGCCAUCAAGAACUACGUCUGACCUAAACCGCUUUGACAACUUGUCUCCUCAGGCUAGGGCUGUAAGGUAGACCAGUACUAAUCAAGCACGGCGGUACUAUUGAAUGUAAAAAAAGGUACAAUACAACCUUUGAUGACGCGCCGAGGCACACCAAUCAACACAACACAGGCCACCUGCUCGCUAGCUCGUUAGUUGACGCACGACAUGCGCCUUGGCACACCAUCAAAGGCAGGGGUGUUAAAAAAAUCUAUUUUCCUAUUUUUUAAUGAUUUUAAAUCAAUUCUAAGAAAUGUAAAGUUUUUUGUUGUUGUUUUUACCCCGAAAGGGACAAGCAGAAUGGAUGAAGGAUGGAUAUCUGCUCUGUCUAGCCACUUUAUUAAAUGUUUGGCUAGAAUUUUACUAAACAAAACUAGUUUUCUUUUGUGUAAUAUAGACAUUUAUCAAAGCUGUUUAUCUAGUUUAUGGAGGAAUUUAGUUAACAAUAGAACUGGCACCCAAUGUUUUUAAAAGAGUAUUGAUUUUGAAUCGAGAAUCGAUUGUGAAUCGAAUAGUGAACCCCAAGAAUCGAAUCAAAUUAAAUUGUGCCCAAUGAUUCACAGCCCUAGUAGCUAUAUAUAUACAUGUACAUAUAAAAAAAAAAUAUAUAUAUAUAUAUAUAUAUAUAUGUAUAUAUAUAUAUAUAUAUAUAUAUAUAUAUA